CGGCUCUCUCCAGCUCUCUCCAGACUCCACGGCCAGUAGUUUGCGGCAUCGAGAGGAGCAGCAGCAGCAGUAGCGGCGGCGGCGGCUGGCGCAGGGGGGACACGGACGAGCGGGCGCAGACGGCAGCACAUCCUCCUGCGCACCAUGCCUGGCUUGCCCGGGGGGCACUGGCACCCGCGUCCCUAGUCUGGCGCGGGCCCUUGGCGUGUCGUGCUCCGCGGCAUUCCAGCUGAACAGAUUUAUCGGGGAUCCGAAGCCUUGCACCCGAAACCCAUCGCCUCCUGCUCUCUCAUAGCCCACGCGCACACUGCCCACACCACACGCUCACUCUUCCUCUCUCUCACACGUUCACACGCGGCCCGAAACAGCGAGACAGACCUCCUGAGUGCGCGAGCGCCCGGGAGGGAGGGAGCCCCAAGCAGCGCGGCCAGCGCCUCUCCGGGAGGAUGGAAGCAAGACGCUCCUGCAAGUAAACUUUGGCGGCGACCAAACCGUCGACCGUGGUAGCUGCUAAGGCGGACCCCAGCGACAUGCGACUGAGCUAGGAGGGCUUCCUCCCGCGGCGGCGGCGGCGGCGGUGGCAGCGGCGGCGGCGGCGGCGGCGGCGGCCCUCGGAGCGACUCCCCAGCCCAAAACGAGGGAGGAAGAAAAGCCCCCGUUACCCGCGGCGGCAGCCCCGCCUCUCCUGGCCGGUACAGUUGUCGCUUGCCUUCCCCUCCUCCCCAUUCCCCGCCCUCCCACCCCCGGGCCACUGGAAAGACUGGGACUACGAUUUUCCUGGACAGAUUGCCAUCUCCUCAUUUUCACAAACUUGACGUGGAGGCUCGAGCUGCGUUGGUAACUUUGAUUGCCAAAACGCAAACGCCCUUAGCCCCUCAAUUACUUUGUGGGGGGGAUUCCGGGCCCACCUCGGAUCCUGGACAGACGCGUUCCCCAAGCCCCCCAAAGCCGUCCUCAGCGCAAAGGAGCGCGCUCUCGCCUCAGCAGCCUCUCUCCCCUCCCCCUUCCUCUGCCGGCCCGGGGACCGCCAUCCAGCUCAGCCUGCGGCGCUUGCCAGCAACUCAGACUCCCGCCUGCGACCCUCUUUUCUCCCCAAGGGGCUUCGAAGAGCCCAGUGUGGCCCCCCCGGACCCCGGAGGGCGCGCUCCAGGCGGGUCCUGUCUCCGCAGUAAGCCCGGAGCGCUGCGGGGAGGUUCUUGCGCAUGCCAGGUGCACAGACAACGCGCUCACCAGCCCCAGUGCCGGUGCGCUGCGGCGGGUCGGGCAGUGCCUGAAAGGCUGCGCCCCCGCCGCCCUCCGCGACUUCGCCCCAAGUGCAGACCGGACUCGGCUGCGCGUCGUCUGGACCGCACAGACGCCGCCCGACCCGCAGCCCUGCGCCGCUGCGGCCAGUUGCGCCUGGCUAACUUUGAAAGGGGAAAACUGAGUAGCCGGGCUGGAGGGAGGGGGCUCGGGGCCGCGCGGCGCUCCCUCGGCCCCCCGGAGCCCCCGGGCCCCCCGCGAGCCCCCUCCGAGUCCACCGCAACCUCAACGUUGGAGCCGGCGCGGGUGUCCCCCCCGCGCCGCCGGGCCGCCCUGGGCGGGACUCCUCCCGCGGCCUCCGGGGCCACGAGGCGCGCGCAACAGGCGGCCCGAGCCGGCGGGAAGCUGGAGCGCCGGCGGCGUCGACCUCGGAGGGGUGUGGAGAGGCGAGGCCAGGCAGAGCCCCGCGCAGCCAUGGAGUCGCUCCUGCUGCCGGUGUUGCUGCUGCUGGCCGUUUUGUGGACGCAGGCGGCCGCUCUCAUUAACCUCAAAUACUCGGUAGAAGAGGAGCAGCGCGCCGGGACGGUGAUAGCCAACGUGGCCAAGGACGCACGGGAGGCGGGCUUCGCGUUGGACCCCCGGCAGGCCUCGGCCUUCCGCGUGGUGUCCAACUCGGCUCCUCACCUGGUGGACAUCAACCCCAGUUCCGGCCUGCUGGUCACUAAGCAGAAGAUCGACCGAGACCUCCUGUGCCGCCAGAGUCCCAAGUGCAUCAUCUCGCUAGAGGUCAUGUCCAGUUCAAUGGAGAUCUGCGUGAUUAAGGUGGAGAUCAAGGACUUGAACGACAACGCGCCCAGUUUCCCGGCGGCACAGAUCGAGUUGGAGAUCUCGGAGGCGGCCAGCCCCGGCACGCGCAUCCCGCUGGACAGCGCCUAUGAUCCGGACUCGGGCAGUUUUGGCGUGCAGACUUACGAGCUCACGCCCAAUGAGCUGUUCGGCCUGGAGAUCAAGACGCGUGGCGACGGUUCACGCUUUGCCGAACUAGUGGUGGAGAAGAGCCUGGACCGUGAGACACAGUCUCACUACAGCUUUCGCAUCACGGCACUCGACGGGGGCGACCCGCCGCACCUGGGCACUGUUGGCCUCAGCAUCAAGGUGACCGACUCCAAUGACAACAACCCGGUGUUCGGCGAGUCCACCUACGCGGUGAGUGUGCCAGAGAACUCGCCUCCGAACACACCUGUCAUCCGCCUCAAUGCCAGCGACCCAGAUGAGGGCACCAACGGCCAGGUGGUGUACUCCUUCUAUGGCUACGUGAAUGACCGUACGCGGGAGCUUUUCCAGAUUGACCCACAUAGCGGCCUGGUCACUGUCACCGGUGCCCUAGACUACGAAGAGGGCCACGUGUAUGAACUGGACGUGCAAGCCAAGGACCUGGGACCCAACUCCAUCCCGGCACACUGCAAAGUCACCGUCAGCGUUCUGGACACGAACGACAACCCGCCGGUCAUCAACCUGCUGUCUGUCAACAGUGAGCUUGUGGAGGUGAGCGAGAGCGCCCCCCCGGGCUACGUGAUUGCACUAGUGCGGGUGUCUGAUCGCGACUCCGGCCUCAAUGGACGCGUACAGUGCCGUUUGCUGGGCAACGUGCCCUUUCGGCUGCAGGAGUACGAGAGUUUCUCCACUAUCCUGGUGGACGGACGGCUGGAUCGCGAGCAACACGAUCAGUACAACCUCACGAUUCAGGCCCGCGACGGCGGCGUGCCCAUGCUGCAGAGUGCCAAGUCCUUUACCGUGCGUAUCACUGACGAGAACGACAACCACCCCCACUUCUCCAAGCCUUACUACCAAGUCAUCGUGCAGGAGAACAACACGCCCGGCGCUUAUCUGCUCUCCGUGUCUGCCCGAGACCCCGACCUGGGGCUCAACGGCAGUGUCUCCUACCAGAUUGUGCCGUCGCAGGUGCGGGAUAUGCCUGUCUUCACCUACGUCUCCAUUAACCCCAACUCGGGUGAUAUCUACGCACUGCGAUCCUUCAACCACGAGCAGACCAAGGCGUUCGAGUUCAAGGUGCUAGCCAAAGACGGCGGCCUGCCCUCGCUGCAGAGUAACGCCACAGUGCGAGUCAUCAUCCUCGACGUUAAUGAUAAUACCCCGGUCAUCACGGCCCCGCCCCUGAUCAAUGGCACUGCCGAGGUCUACAUCCCCCGAAACUCCGGCAUAGGCUACCUGGUGACCGUUGUCAAGGCAGACGACUACGACGAGGGUGAAAACGGCCGAGUCACCUAUGACAUGACCGAGGGUGACCGCGGCUUCUUUGAAAUAGACCAAAUCAAUGGCGAAGUCAGAACCACCCGCACCUUCAGCGAGAGCUCCAAGGCUUCCUAUGAGCUUAUCGUGGUGGCCCACGACCAUGGCAAGACAUCUCUCUCUGCCUCUGCGCUGGUCCUUAUCUACCUGUCACCUGCUCUCGAUGCCCAAGAAUCAAUGGGCUCGGUGAACCUGUCGCUGAUUUUCAUUAUAGCCCUGGGCUCCAUUGCCGGCAUCCUCUUUGUCACUAUGAUCUUCGUGGCAAUCAAGUGCAAGCGAGACAACAAAGAGAUCCGGACCUACAACUGCAGUAAUUGUUUAACCAUCACUUGUCUCCUCGGCUGUUUUAUAAAAGGACAAAACAGCAAGUGUCUGCAUUGCAUCUCAGUUUCUCCCAUUAGCGAGGAGCAAGACAAAAAGGCAGAGGAGAAAGUGAGCCUAAGGGGAAAGAGAAUCGCUGAGUACUCCUAUGGGCAUCAAAAGAAAUCAAGCAAGAAGAAAAAAAUCAGUAAGAAUGACAUCCGCCUGGUACCCCGGGAUGUGGAGGAGACAGACAAGAUGAACGUUGUCAGUUGCUCCUCCCUGACCUCCUCCCUCAACUAUUUCGACUACCACCAGCAGACGCUGCCCCUGGGCUGCCGCCGCUCUGAGAGCACUUUCCUGAACGUGGAGAACCAGAAUACCCGCAAUACCAGCGCUAACCACAUCUACCAUCACUCUUUCAACAGCCAGGGCCCCCAGCAGCCAGACCUGAUCAUCAACGGCGUGCCUCUGCCGGAGACUGAAAACUAUUCUUUUGACUCCAACUAUGUGAACAGCCGAGCCCAUUUAAUCAAAAGCAGCUCCACCUUCAAGGACUUAGAGGGCAACAGCCUGAAGGAUAGUGGACAUGAAGAGAGUGACCAGACUGACAGCGAACAUGAUGUCCAGCGGAGCCUGUAUUGUGAUACUGCUGUCAAUGAUGUGCUAAACACCAGUGUGACCUCCAUGGGAUCUCAGAUGCCUGACCAUGAUCAGAAUGAAGGAUUUCAUUGCAGGGAAGAAUGCCGGAUUCUUGGCCACUCUGACAGGUGCUGGAUGCCCCGGAACCCCAUGCCAACCCGCUCCAAGUCCCCUGAGCACGUGAGGAACAUCAUCGCGCUGUCCAUUGAGGCUACUGCUGCCGACGUUGAGGCUUACGACGACUGCGGCCCAACCAAGCGGACUUUUGCAACCUUUGGGAAAGAUGUCAGCGACCACCCGACAGAGGAGAGGCCCACCCUGAAAGGCAAGAGGACUGUGGAUGUGACCAUCUGCAGCCCCAAGGUCAACGGCGCUAUCCGGGAGGCCGGCAAUGGCUGUGAGGCUAUUAGCCCCAUCACCUCCCCUCUCCACCUCAAGAGCCCUCUGCCUACCAAGCCUUCUGUGUCUUACACGGUUGCCCUGGCUCCCCCAGCCCGUGAUCUGGAGCAGUAUGUCAACAAUGUCAACAAUGGCCCUUCUCGCCCCUCUGAAGCUGAGCCCCGUGGAGCUGACAGCGAGAAAGUCAUGCAUGAGGUCAACCCCAUUCUGAAGGAGGGUUGUGACAAAGAGUCCCCUGGCGUGAAGCGUCUGAAGGAUAUCGUUCUCUAAAUCAGUCUUGGGGAAGAAGAGAAAGAAACCACGCUGGCUAGCGAAGAAGCAGGAGCUGCUCGUUUUAAUUGCUCAGCAAUGGUUGGUUCUUGAGUGGCUGUAUUGCAGAGCUUUGCCUAAAUGAGUUGUUAAUAAAUGACUAUCAUUCUGUGACAAUCCCUCUCGUUUCAACAGGCAGCAGGGGUGUUCAGUUGGAGCAAAUUAGCUUUGGCUUGAGUUGUCCAUGGGGCCUUGAUGUUGGGGAAACAGAGACAAAUUCAAUUGUGAAAAGUAUUAUGUAUUAAGUGUUUGAAUUUAUAUAUUUUUCUAUGUCAAAAUUAUAAUAUAAAUUACCAUUGUUUGUGGAGGAUUACAUUAAAAAAAGCAAAAGUCAAAAAAAAAAAGCUCUGGACACCUUUAGUAAGCUCGCCACUGUUUUUCGUAGUGUAGACAAGUUAAUGGUCAUUUAUUGUGUACUAUUCAUUGACUCAGUGAUGUGAAAUUGAGCCCCUAAAAGGUUGUCUCUGAAGCUCCAGUACUUUCCAAUGCCGCUACUUUGCUGUGGACACCCCUGCUUUAAGAACCCUUUUGCUAGCUGUGCUAUUGUUGUAUUUGAUAUUGCAAAUUGCUAUGUGUGUGGUGAUGGCAAAAGGCUUUUAAAGAUUGGUGUUUUUUUUUCUUAAAAAAAUAAUAAAACUACAGACAAAAACUAAGUGCAAACAGCUGAGACAGCAAAUGAAUGAGCAACACCACACAUAUAGAUUGAGUACUUGGAGAAUACUCACGUUUUUUAACCCAUGGAGUGAUUGCUCACCACCUUGCAAAGUAUUUUUCCUGCCUUUCAGUCUUCUGCCUAGGCCCAUGAUAGAUCAUUGCAGAAAGUCGUUUUGGAUAUGCUGCUAUCUAAUUUGCAGCUGUCAGAAAUACUGUGGUGAAACUUUUAUGAGAUCCAUUUUUGUAAUUUUCAGGCCCUGAACAGGAAAGUUGUUCCUGAAGUUAUCGGUUUCCAGGCUUAGAAAUUCCCUGUCUCCAGUCAUUUAAAACUCAAAAUGACUGGCUCUAUUUUGAGAUCUAAAUUAGCAUCUCUUCAGACACGCACUUCCUGAUUCAGUGUUUCCCAAUCAUGAUUGGAAUUCUACCGUAAAGCAAGUCAUGGGCUGGAAUUGAGAACUCCAUGUUGCUCUGUAUCUUAGUCUUAUAAAUAACCAACAGAGUAAGCAGUACAAAAUGUACAUUUAGGAAAAGACAGGUAACAGGUAACAAGCAACAGCAUCACAAAUUCAAUUCCCGUGCCUUCUGAAUGGAGACACUCAGACACUUGAACUCGUCUUUUUUAUGACUAGUACUUUUUUUGAUUAAAAAUGUGAACAGGAAACUCUUAAAAACCCUUUACAUUUAGCUAACUCUUUUUUCUGUAGACUAGGACUAUAACUUUUUUUUAUUAUUAACAAGCUGCACGUUCUUUUUGGUUUGUUUUAACAUCCCUCUAACUUCCCCAUUUGUUGUUUGUCUAUUAAUAUUUACUAGCCAACAUAGUAUUCUUGCAGCCUAAGAGUUUGUUAUUUAAAAUAAACGAAACAAAUAUGUCACCUUUGCUCUGCCUUGAUCACAAACAGGUUGUUUCUAGAGAAACCAGUUUCUGUGGUUCUGUUCUCAUUUUUUUUUUUGAAAUUCAAGAUUACCCAGAAAGACGACUUAGAGGUUAGAGCACUAGAAUGUGAAAGAGGAUUUAUUUUCUUAUGUUUAGGUAUAUAGAUAGCUCUUCUGAAGGCUUUGGUUACUUUUGCUUGAGUUCCUAGCUUUAUACAUUACUAGGCAGAUUUUUCUUUUAUGGGAAGGGGAAAGGUUUUGAGUGGGGGGUGGGUGGGAGAGACACUAGGGAUGGGGUUAGGUAGGGGAGAACAUUUCUGAAAAAGAACCUAUAAUGAAGCUACAAAUCCAUGCUUAUUUCUUAUUCUGUGCUGAAUACUACCUCAUGCAAAAUAUUGGUGUGGCUGAAACUUGCCCUCUGAAACUGACACGAUUAGAAAUCUUCAUUUUGCUUAUUUCAUUCUCCCUCAUACAUUUUUCCUUCUCUAAUCCAUUUCAUUUUGGUAGCAGCUUAUGAAUUAGGUAUUUAUUUCUCUCUGCGAGUGACUAUGUGUUUAACACAUUAAAACUUAGAAAUCUUUCCCUUUAUGAUGGCUGCCUAUAGAAUGUAGACUAUCCCUCACCCUGAUCCAUCCUGAUAGUAUGUUGUUAGCUACCAACUGAAGGUCACUUUGAAGUCAGAUUUGACAGUUUUCUACAGGUGUACUUCUUACUAUGCUCAGUGGGAACAAGGGAGCUGAAAAGAUGGUGGAAAGUGGGAACAUGCGUUAGGUGGCUGUUGAGCCUGAGAGGCCACUGGCUGCCAUGUUUCAAGUGGUUAGAGUAGCAAUGGUAUUUGUUUUGCUUUUUCUCGUGGGCUUUUCUUUUAUUCACUUAUUUAUUCACUUAUUAGAACUCAGUUCUAAUCUCUAGAUCCAUCUUUUCCCCUGUCCAAAUGCUUUGUUCUCAGUGGGCAGUCAGAUAUAUUUUUGGCUUCCAAACCUUUUACUGAGCAAGUUGAGAUAAUUUUUCUCAUUAAGAAUAUAUUGCUUUCUUCCUUCAGAUCUUUGAUGUAUGUGCCCUCUGAGAAGCACAAGUGUAUCUGAGGAAGGCUUUGUUAGCUGGUUUUGUAGGCAGGGUGUGCCUGCAAGUAGGAAUUUUGUGCAAGGACCCCAAGUUUCCCUUUGGCUCAUGUUUCUGCCCCUCCUUUUUAACAUGUCCCACAAAAAGCUACAAGAGCCAGAGGGCCAAAGAUUCUUUUUCCUCUCUACUUGUGUUACACACUUAAACAUGAGGGAACAGUUUCCUUUCCUCAGGCCUAGGGAGCCCUAUUCCAUUUAUUUUGAUGUCCCUUUUGAGGAGGAGUCGGUGUUGAAAUGUGACACCCUUUACUAACAACUUCCUUUGGCAAUUCCCUGGGCAGGUGAACUUCAUGCAUUAUAAGGGGUUCAGUUUGCAUUGAUUGAAUGUUUUUUCUCAAUGUGGAAAUACAAUAUAACAAGGACUAGGGAGAAGGGAACCAUGCUAUGUGGAAUUCCUAUUUUCUCUUCCCUAUAUUGACGAAUCUACAAACCUGUUCAGAAUGAAACUUAUCAUCCUUUUGAUCCUUUUGAAGCCAGCAGGCUAACUUAUGGCCGAUCUGAUUGCUGAAAUAGGUGAUGGACCAAGGGAUCCUAUCCUGUACUUCCUGCAGAGCAGUGGUUCUCAAAGUCUAGUUCCUGGGCCAGCAAUAACAACAUCACUUAGGAUCUUGUUAGAAAUGCUAAUACUCUGUCCCCACCAAGACCAGUGGCAUCAGAAACCCUGGGGAUGGGGUUCAGCGUUCCAGAUGAAUCAGAUGCCCACUAGUUUAGGCCUUGUGAAAGCACAGCUUUACAGCUGCCUCCCCCAGCCCCCUUAGCUUUCUGAUUCAGUUGGUCUGGGCUGGGGCCUGAGUCUUUGACUAUCUAAAAAUCCCUCAGUGAUGCUGAUACAGCUGGCCCAGGGCCUACACUUUGAGUAGAACUGCUCCAGAGUAACACUGCCUAAAUAGAGCUAAUUGCACCUGAGGGGAUCCCAUUUAAACGAAUUCCUGGACGUGGUGACCUACUGAAAAGUAAUUUAAAAUGUUAUAGGAAAUACAACUUAGAAUUUUGAAAAUUGGAACCACCCAGAGUAUCAUCCCCAUGGUGUUGCUUCAGCACUCGACUGAUUGUAUGAAGGGAAUUCAGUUGACUUUUUCUCUAGUGCUAUCAUAUCAUCAAAAAGCAAAACAAAAGUGGUCCACUGGAAGGAGCGAAGACAAAGGGCAGUUUGGGGAGAGGCAGGGGUGAAUGGGAUAGCUCAGCUGGGCAUCCAAGGUGAAAAAAGGAUUCUUAUUGUACAUAAUAGCAGUUUUGGCUGGAAUUCCACUUUGUAGGGAUCAUUUUGAUGUUGAAUGCUCCCCAAAGCAUUCUGACUCUGGUCCACUUGGCUCUUUACCUAGGGUAAAAAGACCCUUACUGACUUUGAAAAAACUGGCAUAAAUGAGCUUAAGAAGUCCAUUGUAUACAGUCCUAGUGUUUGCCUUCUUGGUAAAAUUACAUUUAAGGUUGUCAUUUCAUGAGUCAAAUUGUAUCUGCUGACACUGAAGUGUAUUGAGAUGUUGUUCUUUAGUUUAAGUAUGUAACAAAGUAAUAUUCAAAGGGGAUGUGUGGGGGUGGGACUGGGACCGGGUGGCUUUAUAUUGAUAAUGAAAUAUUCCAGAGCAAAACACAUUGUCCUAAUGAAGUUGUUGCAGCUCUCUUUGUUUUCUUGUGAGGCUGGAACUGGCCUGUGGGUCAUUUGUUGUGCAAAAGUGAAUUAAGUUCAAAUAGGAAUCAUGUUGCUUUUACAAAACAAAGAAAACUGACCACCUUGUCUGAACUAUAUGUAUGUAUGUAUAUAUAUAUAAAUAUAUACAUAUAUAUAAAUGCUCUUGGUAAAGGACAACCCACAAACACCUGAUCUUGAUUGGAAAGCAUUGUAGGUCAUUAGGGAAAACUGAUGAUGCUGACUGUUGCUCCAGCUGCGUUGGCAAUUAAAGAUGACCUUGUUACUAACUGAAAGUUGCUGUCAACUUUAGCAGACAAACCAGCUAACACCAUUACAACACUGGUUAAGUAGAAUUUUACUGGCACUGGCUGGCGUUCAGCUGAGGAAGGCUAGGAUACAGACUUUAAUGACCAAGAGCCAGACUAGCUUGAGCUAGAAAUUUCGCAGCAAAUACCUCCUUGUGCUAUUUGAAUGCUAAGGUAUUUAGCUGCCAAAGGCUUACGCCUUCGCUCCUCUAGUGAGGGGAAUGAGCCUGAUGACACUAUUACUGUUUACCUGUCAAACCAGGGUGGAAACUGAGAGGGAUGCAAGUACAGUAUGUCUCACUAAGCAGUCUCUGUUGCUGAUUAUAUGAAGAUGAAGUUGUUGUAUAUGCUGAUCUGUAUGUUAUGUACAUUUUCACAGUGAUUGAAUCAUUGUAAAAAGAAAAAAGACAAAAAAGAAUCACCACUCUGUCUAUUUUAUGAAGAUGAUAAAGCAGCUUUAUUAAAUUAUUACAGUUAUGUUUUAAAUGGUGUUACCUGCCACAUUGUUUCCUUUUAUCUGGUGGUUCUCUGUUUCCCUCUUAAAUGUGUUUUCUCUGCUUCAAAAAUUUAAUGCAUUUUAGUAUUAAAGGCUAUUAUGGAAAAUUA